CGUUCAGUAAGUAGGUGUUUCUUGAAUUGACUCUGGACGAGUCUGUAAGUCAUAACCGUACACAUGGAUGAGACAUGCGUCUCCGACUCUCCGGCCCGAAGUAGCAGCAGAGACGUUUCACUUUGUCACCAAUCUUCCCCUCGACUAUAUUCAUCAAUUCUACUCUCACCGUACUUACCUACCAGGUCCAAAUACAAGAGAAGAACCGACAGAAACGAGGUACUCCGUACUUACUGCUCCAUAUUUCCUAAUUAAUUCGUACCCCUAGAAGAAACCCUUUCAGGACGUGGUUUACCAAAAAAUGGGCCCUGACAUCCUUCCCCUUCUCCGUGCUGGCAUCGCAGCUGGAGAUCUCCAUCCAUCUACCGUUCUUUUCACCCGUGCCAAGAUCCACUCUCUGAAGGCCGAAAUCAAGUCAAGAGACGAAGAGAUUACUAAGCUCGAUUCACUUUUUCAUCUCGACUCCCUCCUCCAUGGGCUAAAAUUACAACGUGUUCAAGCCAAAGAGAAUCUGGAUCGUCACGAGUCCAUUUUCUCCCCCAUCCGGCGCUUACCUUCUGAUGUCCUGCUGAGUAUAUUCUGUCUCGCAGCGCAUCAGGCAAAAAUCCGCUUAUCGGAACCUCCAUGCAUCCUCCGCAGUGUCUGUUACUGGUGGAGAAAUCUGACUUUAUCAUCACCGUCCCUUUGGUCCGGCCUGGAAAUUCAUAUAUCUAGUAAGAAUUCUGAGACAGCCAAGGUAUACACUCCACAAGAUGAGCACCUCGUUUGCACAGCUUUAUCCCUUUCGAAAAACUGUCCCUUGGAUCUGACGUUGAGAGUCGAAGACAUAGAACCACCGGAAGAGGCACUGAUAACGAAAUACGUUGCUCCCACGUCAACACGCUGGAAAUCACUCCGUCUGCGCAUCUUGGAAUCGAAUAUACAGAGUCUCUCAAGCAUAGCAGGGUGUCUCCGGACACUGGAAAGCCUGGAUAUAAUUCUUCCUCCUCCAUGGGUGGAAAUGCGCACCAAAGAAACCGAUGAAGCCUUAUCGCAACUCUUCCGCUCCGCCCCCUUGCUACGCAAGGCCAAAAUCUUUAGCCAUUACUUCCAUGAGUUGGCGCUCCCACUUCGUCAACUCACGUCCCUACAUGUUGGUGUUAUGGAUCUGCCGAAAUCCGGAGAUGCGAGCACGAGGCGAGGAGUGGUAAUCGAAGUGAGGUGAGAAUAAUUAGAAAUGAUGUACGUCGUUAGGGAAUAUAAUGGAUUCCGGCGAGGGUUCGUGAGGAGACCUGAGUGGUCCGGUUUGCGAAAUAAAGGAAAUCAGUAAGCACGAAGCAAUUACUGAGGGAAGUAGCCGGUAAGCGUGGAGCAAUUACCGAUAUAGAAGGCCUGUAAGCGCGAAGCUAUUAUGGGCCGUGGGUGAAGGCAAGCGCUAGGCGUAACCUUCGGGUUGGUGUCAGAAGGCGCUAGGCGUAUCCAACGAGUUGUUCAGCAAGUGCUAGGCGUAACUGAGGGUUCACGCAGUGAAGGUGUCCUGAAAGUGGUAGAUUGAU